GUACUAAAUCAUUCUUUUUUCUUUCUCCCUCAGCUCACUACCCUGGGAAAUCUUACACCUUCGAGCACUGUGUUUUUCUGCUGUGAUAUGCAGGAAAGAUUCAGACCAGCCAUCAAAUAUUUUGGGGAUAUUAUAAGUGUUGGACAAAGACUGUUGCAAGGAGCCCGGAUUUUAGGAAUUCCAGUUAUUGUAACAGAACAGUACCCUAAAGGUCUCGGAAGCACUGUUCAAGAAAUUGACUUAACAGGUGUAAAACUGGUACUUCCAAAGAGCAAGUUUUCAAUGGUAUUACCAGAAGUAGAAGCAGCAUUAGCAGAGAUUCCUGGAGUCAGGAGUGUUGUAUUAUUUGGAGUAGAAACUCAUGUAUGCAUCCAGCAAACUGCUCUGGAGCUUGUUGGUCGAGGUAUUGAGGUUCAUAUUGUUGCUGAUGCCACCUCAUCAAGAAGCAUGAUGGACAGGAUGUUUGCUCUUGAGGUUUAUCUGAAGUUUCACCCCAGUGCUACUGAGGAAAAAAACCUGUACUUUAACAGAAUUCCAGACUUCAGCCUUCCUGCACGGACCUUCAGCUUCCACCACAAACUCUUGUUCCCUGAUAUGGACUUGCACAGGACACUACAGUGAGCUCCAAACCUUCACUGGAUCCUUAGGAUCUCAGGCAAGCACGGACAGCCCUUUUGCACUUCCCACACCUGACUCUGGCCAUGUAAGAAAUUUCCUUGCUCCUUUUAUGGAGUACUUCACUAGGCUUAGCAGAAUGACCCCACACAGACUUAACAGAGACCCUUGGGGAGCUGACUACAGUUUCACAAGCAACCCAUCCACUACUUCCUUUUACUUCUGAGAUGUCAUAACAUGUGCUGCUGAGGUGUGGUGCUAGGAAACUCAAAACUGUUCCACAAGACUUGAUUGGAUUCCAGUCAUUCACCAACAAUUCAGCUGAGGAUGCCACAGAAGCUGGGAGAGUGCUUUGGAUGCAAUCAUGAUGGAAAAUAUGGAUGAGCCACCCAAGGGACAUCUGGAAGGUUGCUGGCUGGAGAACAGCCCCCUCCUCACCUCUGGAGGCCAGAAACAAUCACAUGACCAGAUCUGACCUUACUGUAAACUUGGUGGGGUUGUGCUGUGCAUUUUUGGUGUGUCU